AUGGAGGCUGCCCUGAAGAGCGAGGAGGCGGUGCCCCUGUUUGAUGCGGCGGCGGAGCGCUUUAGGGAGGUCACCUGCACAGGGCUGCUCAACUGGGGCAACGUGAGCCUGUGCCUGGCGCACAAGCUGCUGGACGGCUUUGCCCAGGAGAGUGAGGUGCUGACGGAUGAGAUGGCCGCCAAGACUGAGGAGGAGUUCAAGAAGGCCGAGGGCCGCUACCAGCAGGCGCUGGACUUCCACCCCGAAUUUUUCGACGCCCUCUGCGCCCUGGGCCAGCUCGAGUUCGAGCGCGCCAAGCUGCGCGCCCGCCUGCUGGUCAAGCCGGCGGCCGCGCCCGCGCCCGCCCCUGCAGACAAGGCGGAGGGCGCCGCGGAGGAGGGCGGCGCGGCGGCGGGCAAGGAGGGCGGCAGGCCGCUGGACGCGCCGGCGCGGGCGCUGCGGGAGGCUCUGGCCAAGGUGCGGGCGGAAGACGUGGAGGCGGCGCGGCCGUACAUGCAGCGGGCGGCCGAGUGGUACAAGAAGGCGGUCGCGGCGGCCAACGCGGCGGACGCGAAGCGGAAGGAGCAGCAGCAGGAGCAGGAGACGCAGGAAGGGGCCGGCGGCGGCGAGGGCGAGGGCGCGGCGGCGGGCGCGGCGGCGGCGGCGGGCGGCGGCGGCGCAGGGGCGGACAUGGGGGACGUGUCGUUGGGCACGCAGGCGCUGAUCAUGGAGGGCAACGUGCUGUACGAGUGGAGCCAGCUCCUCGCCGCCGCGGGCGCCGAGUGGCGGCCGACGCUCGACGGCGCGGUGGAGCGCUUCAGGGGCGCGGCGUGCAGCGAGGCGGACGUGCGGAGCGCACUCAAGAACCACACGCGGGCGGCUGAGCUGGACCUGGGGCCGGACCCUGAGGAGGAAGCUGCCAAGGCAAAGGCGGCCGAGCAGGAGGCCGCGGCGGCGGCUGCGGCGGCAGAGGCAGAGGCUGCCGCGGCUGCCGCGGCGGCGAAGCAGCAGCCGGAGAAGGCCAAGGGGCUGCCGUCUUUGGGUAGGAAGAAGCCCUGA